AUGAUGCUCGGAGUAACAUUGCUCGACAGAAGAAGAAACUCCUGGCUCUAUGAAAAGUUGAAGCUACGCGAAGUUCGGUCGGAAGCUGUGAAGAGAAAAUGGCUUUUCGCAAAGAAGAUCGCUACGGGAGAAGACACAUGGGCGAAGAAAAUCGUGGAAUGGCGACCAUGGGAGAAAACGCGUGGAGUUGGACGACCCAAACCCCGUUGGCGAGAUGACCUACGAGCAGUUCUUGGUGAAAGAUGGGCGACAGUUGCGCGAACCAACAAACAUCUCUUCAAAUAUUCCAUGAUUCAGCAGAUACAUGAUUACUCUGAGGACUGAAUAAAUGUUAAAUGUUAAAUGUUAUACUUUAUUCGUUCAACCGAAUAUUUUCAAACCCAUGAAAAUGGUAAUAUAUUGAAAAAAAUUGUUAAAACAGGUAGCUCGUGUUUGACCUCGACUCCCCCGCCAAAAGCCGCGACGCACACGCAACGCUUCACUUUUUUUUUCAAAUCAACCUGUCAUCGUUAGUCGGAAGGACCCUUUAGGGGCCCUUUGAGCGUCCGUUAUGGGUGCAAAAAAAAAAUUUUCCAUUAAUUGUUCCUAAACGGCUGGAAACAGUUUCCUUUUUAUCGCCUUUUUCCGUCCUUCCAUCGGCCUUUAUCCACCCUUUUUGGACCCUUUUUGAACCCUUUUUAGGCCCUUUUUGGACCCUUUGAGAAACACAAAAUUCUUCAAAUAGAGAAUAAUCUUUACCAGAGACUGUGUAUGAACCAAAAUGUGCUACAGUAAUAUAAUCGAAAAUCAUCAAUGGCCGAGACUCUCAGCAACCUUUUUGCACCUUUUUUCGAGACUUUUUAGCCCACCAAGAAAGAAAGGCUCAAUAAAGGCUGCAAAACGGAACCCUUUUGGCGGCCUUUUUGCACCCUUUUUGGACCCCUUUUGCACCCUUUAUGGACCCUUUUUGCACUUUUUUUAGACUUUUUUGCCCACCAAAAAUAAAAGGCUCGAUAAAGGCCGCAAAACGGAACCCUCCUAGCGGCAAUUUUCCACCCGUUUUCGCACUUCCGACAUGGCAGUGCUGAGACUACCAAAAACGGCUUUGGGUUCUAUUUUUACUUCAUGUUAUGGGCUUUAAAAAACUAUUAUCAAAUUUUAUUAUAACAUAAUCCCCAUGACCUUCAAAUUGAUUGUACCUUUCCAUUCCAGUAAUCUUCCAACACCUUUUCUCCAAAAAACCUUCAAACAAUGGGCAAAAAGCCGUGACAUUUUUCGCCGCCAACUCUGAAAAUAAUUGAGAAACGGCUAGGCAUUCAAUAUGAACGCAAGCACUUCAAUCAAAUUUAGAGGCUACCUCUUUUUUUUUCGUCUUUCGCCCCGCUCAAAUAGCAUAAGCUAAAGGUUUUCCUAUCAAAUUUCAUCGUCGGAGCCUUGGAAAAGUCGAAAAAAAAAGAAAUUUCUCGUUUAUCUUUGGCUUUUUGACGUCAGGCGAUGGCUGCAUUUCUAAAUUUCUUAAUAUUUUUUUCGUAUUUUUUUAGUCAUGGAGGUAGGUUUUAAUAUAUUUUUGAUUUGUAAAAAAAUAAGAUUUUUUUGGUUAGUUAUAUGGUUUUUCAAAAAAAUCUCGUUUUUUUCAAAUCAACUUUUUGGUCUUUUACAACCACAGAGUGCAAUUGGAGCUUAUAAUUGACUAUGAGAAAUGAUGAAAUAAAUGCAUUUUUUUAUAAAAGAGGAAAAAUAGCCCUUUUUAGUGUAUAUGAAUUGAUAGAAGAGUAGAAAAAGCCUGUUUUUCUGAUCAUUUUUUUGCUCAAAAAUUCUUGAGAAAGUCUAGAAAAAAAUUUAUUAAACUUAUCCUUUUUUUGAACGCUCAAUGAUUAGGGAACGUUUUUUUGAAACCCCUACCCCCGUCCGCAAAAUACAAAAAUUAUGACAAAAAGGGCUAUUUCAAGCUUCAAAUACGUUCCCUAGUGAGAUCAAAGCGUUCAAAAAAACGCCAUGUUGAAAGAAAAAAAUUGGAAAAAAAAUCACAUUAAUAGGUAGAAACUUUGAUCAUUUAUAAGUUCAAGGAUCAUUAUCCAUUCAAAAAAAGGUAGAUCUCGAAAAAAAUUCCAUCUGUAUACUUAAGAGGACAUAAAUCUAAUUAAUAUUGUUUUUUAAAAAAAGUUUAAAUUUGAUACGAUUUACGUUAUUCUUUCUACAGUAAGCCUGAAAGUGGGCGGGGCCUGUCAAAGCCUGGUGUGGAUUGUUCAGAAGGUUGUAUAUUAGUGAUAGUGAGCAGAGCUUUCAGGAACAAAGAUGAUUAUUUUGUACCAAGCCUUUUUCGCAAAUAUCGGAGAACGUGUGUUAAGACCAAAGAGUAUUUUCAAAAAGAGCAUUGAAUAUUUAUUCAUAGUUUUCCUGGUCGCAUUUGGAAUGGCUUAAAGGCUUCGCGGUUGCACUGAGGUUCAAUAUUCACUCUUAAACUUGAGAUAAUUGAUGAAAGCCGCAUCGCAGCCGCCACGCGUUCGAGUCAUUCCAAAUGCGACCGAAUAUUUUCAGUCGUUGGCGACUUGGUUUCUACGCUUCUCAAUGGCUACGACAAACGAUCCAGUCCCUAUAAUAUUCGACAAGAAACUGUCAUUGUCAAUUUAACGAUCCCUUUCAUGGUUCUUCUUGCUGUAGUAUGUUUCGAAGUUCAAUAAUGUUGAUUUUUGGAUUUUUUCCAGAAAGAAAAUGAUCGGGAGGCCGAUUGGCUGUACUCCUAUACAAUGGUGAGGAUUUUUCUUUCUUGUUCUUGUGAAUUCUUCAAGAAACUUUUCAAAGUAGAUUUUCAUGACUUAAAAUUAUGAUUUUUUGAAGUUAUGGUACGACGAACGGCUACGUUUCAAUGCCACCGAGUACAAUCAAACAUCAGUUUUCAUACCUGAUAAUGAGGUUUUCCAAUCUCUUUUGAAACUAGAUUCAAGUAUUUUUCCAGCUUUGGGUACCUCCAUUCUUCGCCUACAAUACGAUUGAAGUUAAACCAGCCUUUGGUGAUUUUGAGGCUGUUGAGGUGAAAUUUUCUAGCUUGUUCCGAAUCUGUGCUCAAAAAAAGUCGAAGUGAGCUCUCUAAUUCGGAAUUUGGGCAGUUUUUGGAGAUUUUUUGAAACUUUGGUGAGGGAUAAUUCUUGGGAGCUUCUAGACCAGCCCGAAUGGAUAGAAGAUGAAUUUUAGUGAGAGCUCUUGCAACUUUUGUUCUUAAAAAUGUGACACCGUUUGGAAGAAAUGUGUCCGCGCCACCAACCAUUUCAUGACAGCUAGGAGCAUGGUGCAGGGGCUAGCGCAGUAGCCUGCAAAGCCUAUGAUGAAGGUUUAAAUCUUUUUGUCGCCAUCGGUUUUUUUUACGGGUUUAAAGGCAUAGGGGCAGAAAAAACGGGGUUUCAGGUGAAAGCAGUAUCUUGUACACUGCGUUCAAUAAGGAUAGGACCCCCCUCGAUUUUGGACUUUCUGGCAAAAUACGGAAAGAUAUCGAAAAUCUGUAAAUGCCAUUCGAUUCAGAGUACAAAAUAACCCACAGAGCCAAACUUUCAUUAUCCUAGCACUUUUCCUACGAAAAUGCCAUCGAAAAAACGAUUUUUCGACCGUUCAAUAAGGAUAGGACCACCUGGAAAUUUUGACUUUCAGUUGUAGUUUUUGGUCAAUUUCUCUUUUUGAUGAGUGGUUUUUGUUUUUCAUAUUAUUUUUUUAUUUUUUUCUACGGUUUUCUUUUUCAUAUCUUCCAGGUUUGAAAAAAAUAUUUUUAUAUCGAAAAUAGGGAAAAAAAUGAAGUUUUUUUGAGUUUGCAUCAAAAUAUUUGAGCGAGUGAUUUUUUCCAGUACUUUGAAUGAACUUAUCUUAUUAAUAGAGACAUUUUAACAUUCAAAAAAACGAAAAGAAGUUUGAGAAACAUUAGUUUAAAAGUUAGAAAACCAGUUACAAGAUGGUGUAUCGUGACCGAAUCUCAGACUGUCGUCGUUUUCGACCGUUUUUCUUUCUGUAUUUUGUCGGAAUGGCGGUGUACUUAUUUUGAAGGAUUUGUGAAGGUGCUCCCAUCACAAAAAGACACUUAGUUGGAUUGGAUAAAAAUUGGCGAUCCUCGGAAAUCAAAGGAAUAAACACCCUUCCGACUGCUACUCGAACUUUUUGCGGUACUGUAUAAAUAAAUCAUAUAAAAAGUUUUAUUUCUAAUCAAAAUUGUUUUAUUGCACGUUUUCAGUGAUGCUUUAUUUUGUUGACAAACUAAAAACCCGCCAAACGCUCUAUUUGAAACAAUACCUUCGAUGAGCGCGGGUACCAAUUUCUCUUCACAUUUUCUCGGCAUUGUACGUAGUAAAUGAAAUUUUUUUAGAUCAUUUUGUUGAUGAAUUAUGUUCAUAGCACCUUCGCGAGUUCUCAAAAAAAAGUACACCGCCAUUCCGACUACAUACAUAAAGAAAAACGGUCGAAAACGACGACAGUCUGAAAUUCGGUCAUGAUACACCAUCUUGUAACUGGUUUUUCUAACUUUUUAAACUAAUGUUUCUCAAACUUCUUUUUUUGUUUUUUUGAAUGUUAAAAUGUCUUUAUUAAUAAGAUUAGUCCAUUCAAAAUACUGGAAAAAAUCACUCGCUCAAACAUUUUGAUGCAAACUCGAAAAACGUCCUUUUUUUCCCUAUUUUUCGAUAUAAAAUAUGUUUUUAAACCUGGAAGAUAUGAAAAAGAAAAACCGUAGAAAAAAAUUGAAAACAAAUAAUAUGAGAACAAAAAAACCCCUCAUCAAAAAAAGAGAAAUUGACCAAAAAAACUACAACUGAAAGUCAAAAAUUUCCAGGUGGUCCUAUCCUUAUUGAACGGUCGAAAAACCGUUUUUUCGAUGGCAUUUUCGUAGGAAAAGUGCUAGGAUAAUGAAAGUUUGGCUCUGUGGGUUAUUUUGUACUCUGAAUCGAAUGGCACUCACAGAUUUUUGAUAUCUUUCCGUAUUUUGCCAGAAAGUCCAAAAUCGAGGGGGGUCCUAUCCUUAUUGAACGCAGUGUAUAGUUUUCCUUUGCGAAUCGAACGGUGUACUCAAAAAAAUUACUGUGCACGCGAUGUUGCGGACGUCUCAUUAGACUCGCAUUUUGUGAGAAAUAACCGGAUAUCUGCUUCCAAUUAAGGGUUUCUUCUCUGAGAAAACAUUAGGUCAAACAAAAAAAACCCACCGAUAAUAAAGAAAACACAAAAUAUUGCUAUCCCCAUCGAAACCUGUGUAAAGUCAUCAUUUUUUACCCGAGAAGCAUUUUUGCGAUCAAAGUUUGCAAACUAUACAUGAAUAGAAAGCUUUUGGGACAAAAAGAACUUUGGUGACAACGGAAAAAAUCGAAAAUAGAAAGAAACGAAGAAAAAAGCGAAAGUCCGAAAAAUGGCGAUACGUGUUGUCCAUAGAGCAACUUUACUGCAAAGCGCCCUUUUCGCGGGAACUCAAACUUUCCUUUCUCCGACUUUAAAUUAUUUUUUUCCCAAAACUAGGAACUUCUGUACUUUUUCAAGUUCACCGUUCGAUUCGCAAUGAAAAGCUCUACAAAGUACUGAUUUGAACUGAAAGACCGUUUUUUACUGCCCCUUAUGCCUUUGAUCAUGAAAAGAUUCGAACCUUCAUCGUAGUCUUCGUAGGCUAACACGCUAGCCACUGCACCACGCCCCUAGCUGUCAUGAAAUGGUUGGUGGCGCGGACACACCCCUUCCGAACGGUGGCACGUGUCAAAGAAUGAAAGCUUUAAAAAAUCAUAUCUCCGAAACGAACAUUUUGCGCAGAUAGCUAUAGUCGAUGUGCCACAAGUUGAAAUUUCAUGGAACGACACUCCGCUGUUUCGAUUUGUGCGAUAGCGCGCAUUGUGCGAAUUUGCCAACCUCGGCCACGCUAGAUUUUUUUGAUUUUUUUAUUCUAGUUUUGAUCGUUUUUUUAUUUUUUUAUUUCUUUAAAAUGUAUUAUAAUCGUUGAAAAAAAGAUUGCGUUGUACAAAUGUAAACGAAAGAACACAGUAAAUUUCAUGAUCUCUCUCGAAAAAAGGAAUAAAAAAGUGUGUUUUCGUUAAAGCCGUUUAAAUGUUUUCAUCGUUUUUUUUUUUUCUGUUUGUUGCAGUUGUUAAGGGAUUUUUCCAGAAAGUGAGUGGCUUAUAAAAUGAAGACGUGUACGCACUAUGAAAUAGAGAGAUCGGUUUCAGUCAACAUAAGGUUUUUCACUGCUUAUUUAUCCUCUGGUUGAAUUAUUGGCAUUCUGAAAAACUUUAUUCAUCCAUUGCACUGCCAAAAAGUUCAUAAAACUAAACAAUUAUCAAAGAAAAUGUAUUUGAAAACGGCAAAUUAUAAAAUGAGAAAGCGUGACCGAGAUCCGCAAAGGUAGGGGCGCAAAGCCCCGCCCCUUCACGCCACCAAAAUGACGAUUUUUUUGUUGCAAAAACGGUUUCGAGGCGUUUAUACUAGCUAAAGUCCCACUUUAAAAAUGAACUGUUUCUGUUAAUCUAUGUAAUCGACAACGCUCUACAAGACUGAAUAUUUUUUUAAAACUAUGUAUUUUUUUCAAAAAAAUAAGCGAAAAAAAGUAAGAUUUAACACGAAAAAAACUGACAAGUUUCCCAAAAUCGUCGCGUUUCAGAAAACCAAGUGAGGAACGCUUCUAAAUUUUAAGUAUGUUAUACAUUAACACUUUCUUUAUUUUUUUGAGUAAAAAUGAAAAAAAUCUACCGACGCGAAAAAAAUUAUUAAAAGCUUGUAAAGUGACACCAAACUUUGAAGCUGAAAUGCGAAAAAAAUUUCAGCGACAUGGUAUACUUUUUUUAUUUUAUUUAAAAACUAACAGUGUGUCCAAAAAUAAAAUUCAAAAUGAAAAUAAUUAUUGGGACAGCGAAUCAAAUUAUAUUUGAGUUUUACCAAAACCUUCUUUUUUUCGCCUGCCUCGUUGACGCUUGAGAGAAUAGGAUCGCGUCUAUACUUUUUGCUUAUGUUAUUAAGCGUUCAAAAACUCUAUCAAUGAAAAAAAUUAUGAAAAAAAUCGAUCGACGCGAAAAAAAUAACGGCUUUGAAAAACCUCGAAAAAAAUGGCAAUUUUUUUUGAAAUUUUGGAAGAUUCCGUGCAAGUGUCCGUAGCAGUGUUUGCGUCAAACACACCGAUGCGCCCUUUUAAAUGACGCAGGAGCCGUUUUCCGGAGUCAAAUUGCACUUUUUCCUGUUUUAUUUCGAAAUAACAUUAUUUUUUUCAUUUUUUUCUUUUUUUCCAAAUCGAAUGAUAAUAAUUUUUUUCUGAGUAUAAAAAAAGAAAAAAAUAAGCUGAAAAAAAUCCCUUUGACCUUUUUUUCUAGGUAGUUUUUUUGAUAUUUUAUCAAAAAAAUUCUUAUGAGGAUUGUACAAAAGAUUCAUACCAAAAACGUUAAGCUCAGUUCUGACAACCUCUCAGAACAGAAAACCGAUUCGAAAACGGUCCAGAAACGCGCAAAAACAAUUAAAAAGAAAGCGUGCGGCAGCGGGUAAACCGUGAGAUUUUGCCUCCAGUUGAACGCCACGCGCGCUCGUUUUUUGGCCAUAAUUUUUUCCUUAGUGGAGCUUUUUUCAAAAACUAAACGGAUUAUGAAAAUGGACAGUCUCUUCUAUCGAACAAUGUGAAAAACAUAUUUUUUGAAUCGUUCUGAAGAAAUGGCUUGCGGUCCCUACGCAAAGGCAUUGAUUCUUCCACAAGGCCACCAAGCGGAGUGUCGUUCCAUGAAAUUUCAACUCGUGGCACAUCGACUAUACUAUGGAAGACUGGCUCUCAGUCCAUAAAAGAUUGUUUGAGCAAAUUUAUAUCUUACGCAAAAAUGACCUUCUAUUUUAGAGCUGAGACUUUCAAUUCGUAAAUUAUGCAAAAAUCGAGAUUCAGGUUAAUUCCAAUGGCUUGCUUCAACUCCGGAAAACCGUGUAUGCGAGUUUAGUGUGUGAAGUUGAUGUUCCUAGGUUUUACUUCAAUUUUUAUUCUUUGAAAAGAUUUCAUUUGAAGAUUUCCUUUUGAUACUCAGUACUGCGUUAUCGCAUUUUCCUCUCCGGCCGUACCGAUCGAACAUUGCGAUAUGGCGCCUUUCAUCGACCGGACCACUUAUUUGGGAGGAAUCAGUGUGAGUUGAAGGCAUUUUAGACUUUCUUUGAAGCUUCUUUUUUCUUGAGGUGUCAAUGAAUCAUAUAAUAUUUGAUUCACGGCCGGCUUAAGCUAUAAAAAAGGUCCUGACACGAUAAAAAGAGAUAGUGCCCGGCUCGUGGAGAGCGCAGAUAGGCCACGCCCCCUUAGCGUCCCAAUCUAUCGACUCUAUAACCGGGGUCGCAUUGGAAAUGAGUGAAAUCGUCGCGGUCGGAGUCGAUUUUUCCUUUUUUUUUUCUUAAGCCGCGCGCGUAAACCGGUUUCAGGUCGGGUGCACCUCUUUGUAGUCUGUAUGCUUAUAUCUGUUAAGUUUUUUAAUGUCAAGUACAACAUUCAACAAUGAUUUCUAUACUCGCUCUCAUUGGCUUUUUGCGCCAUAAGGGGCGGAGCUAGAGCAACGACACUGCCAAAGUCCGAAGGGCGGAAAACGGGUGCAAAAUGGCCGCUAAAAGGGUUCCGUUUUCUGGCCUUUAUUGAGCCUUUCUUUCUUGGUGAGCUGAAAAGCCUCAAAUAGGGUGAAAAAGGGGUGCUGAAAGUCUUGGCCAUUGAUCAUUUCCGAUUUUAUUACUGUAGCACACUUUGGUUCAUACACAGUCACUGGUAUUUCUCUAAAAAAUUUUCUCAAGGGUCCAAAAAGGGUGGAUAAAGGCCGAUGAAAGGACGGAAAAAGGCAGUAAAAAGGAAACCGUUGCCACCCGUUUAGGAACAAUUAAUGGAAAUCUAUUGAUCCAUAACGGACGCUCAAAGGUCCUUCGGACUUCGCCUAUGGACUUGACAUUCACAACUGCACAGACUAUAGAGCCAUUCCGAGCGUGUUCUUUGAAUUAGAUAUGCAUUCACUAUUCUGAAAUUAUGGUCGAAAAUUAUUGCGUUAUCGCAUUAUUUGGGUACAUGUUAACGGAAAUUUCAUUAGAUUCAAUCAAAUAAACAUUUUUUCAGGGAAACAGUGAAUUCAAGUAUUUCAAUCAAACCCUGGCCUCGAACAAUUAUAGUAUUGCCGGACAAAACUACAGAGCGGUUUGGGAGUUUCGAAAAAGUUUUAAUCAGAUAGAAUGAAUUUAGGUAAUUUUCAUAGCGCACUUGAAACGUUAUCCGACGUAUUAUAUCGUGAUGGUCGUGAUUCCGACGUUUUUCAUUUGUGUCGUUACGAUUACGGGAGCGCUGGUACCUCUCCGACAGGGAGAAUCGAACGAUAUUGUAGGUUUUUUUGAAUUUCCAGGAAUAGUUUAUAGUCUACACCAGUUUUUUUCAGGUAGGAUUGGGUCUCGGAUCGAUUUUAGCCCUGAUUUUUAUGCUGAGCAUCGUGGCCGACAAGUUACCGAAGACGCCUGGAUUGGCCUGGCUUGGUAGAUUUUUAAGCAUUGAAAAAAAAAACCUGUAUAGAACGAGAAGAUGAUAAAAGGAAUUAUGGCGCAAGAAAUCAGGAAAAAAAAAGCAAGCGAGAGAUCAACAGAGCCUGCAGAGAGGCCAGAGAAAAAGAUUUUUGAUUUCUCUGCCGUCUCUUCAGGUCGCAGUUGAUCUCUAUCUUUCUUCCAAGUUCCAGAAAUUAGGAGCUGAAGCGAGAGAUCAACGGAGACCAGCGGAGAGACCAAAGAGGAGUUUUUCGAUUUCUCUGGCGUCUCUUCAGGUUGCAGUUGAUCUCUAUAUUUCUCCAUCUUUCUUUCUAAGUUCCAGAAGUAA